AUGGAUGAAGAGCUUCGUCGAGCCUACCUUGAGGGCUACUCGUCAAAGAAGCUGUCACCUGCUGUGAUAUCCGGAUCACGACUGGUUUUUGAUACCUCAAAGCCGACCAUGAACGCUCCAGUGGGCACCUCGACCGCGAAGAGAAGUUGGUCAUUCAUCUCGAUCGCUGUAUCGGGCCGUGGCUUGCCCUUGCUAGCCAUAGCAGGACUGAUAUCCGUCGUUCUAUUGACCCUGAUCUUCCAUCGGGAUCGCAUACUGGUCCGAUUUAGUGACCUUGGACGAUACCUGCGACAGAGAUAUGACGAAUAUGCACUAGUCAGUGGUACGUUACUCUCUCUAGAGCACAACUAUACUAGCUUAAGAGUAUGGACGAACGAGAUGUGGCUAUGUCUAAGAUACAACGAGAUGGGUGAUAAGAUUGCUCGUCUGACCGACAAUAUAUAUUUCCUGCCAGACAACAUGCAGCGUAUCAUUUCACGAAACCUCAGCAAGACUGCACUGGCGGUGGCGCUCCUGUUCUGGUUCAUCGGCGUUCAUCCUCUUGACAGAUCUGCUACAGUGGAGGUGCCGAUGCACCAGCUCCCACCUCGUCUGGCGAUGGGCGUCCCUUCAUGGAUCAGUCCACUCAGCCAGGGACGAAAGAAGUCAGGCAGCAACAGCCACCACCAGCGGGACACGGUGCCAGAGCGAGACAUACUGAUGGCGACAGACAGUUCGGACGACUUGGGGAAAGCGGCUGGCACAGAUGUAAUGGGUAAUUUCGAGCUCUGGAGGACUAUGCAGACAGUAGCUAGCAAGCAGGCCGAUAAAAGUUUACACGACUCAAGUACAGCGGCGAUCCAGGAUGAUAAACAAUACGUUUCGACGACCACAAUGAUCCUCGAGUCGACCAAGACGAUGAGCACUCUCGAGAGCGCGACAGACUACUGGGCACCACCGAAGAGCACGACUACGUUGCACAGAAAUCAGACGAUUUGGUGCAGGGUUUGCGAGCAAUUUCACUGUUGCGAGCUACCGUACUGA